AUGGCUUCAGGUGAACAUGAAGAUGAUGUUCAAUUCGUUCACGAACGCUUCGGCGUGUCUCCUGAAGACCUGAAGCCUUUAGCUAAAGUACCAAGUUUUUCCAUACUAGUUGUUGCAUUGCGUUCUAAGGUACGCGACUUGAAUUCGCUAAAGGAACAGAUGGUUUUACAAGAGGUGAAUUCCGAACAUAAACAGAAUGUGACUAAUAGAAGAGCGUUGCACCUUCAAGAGCAGCUCGGUUCGCGAAAUGAAAUUGCAAAACAAUUUCAAGAAAAAGCAGAGGAACUCCAAAAAGAUGUGGAUGCUUCGAAAGAAGCGAAUUGCCAGAUUCAGUCUCAGCUUAACUCUUGCUCUGAAGAAAAAAAUUCGUUAGUUUUGGAAAAACAACAACUAAAUUCACGAGUUAUAGAUAUGGAAAGGAAGCUUAGUGACUCUGAGAAUCUCCUUCGAUCUUUUCAAGAGGAAAAGCAAAAAAAUGAAGAUUUGAUCCAAAACUUGCAGCAGCAAAUGCAAGAAAUGGAAGAGAAUCAGCGAAACUUAACAUUGAAUCAAAGCAGCAGCACUUUCAAGGAAGAGAUUUACUUACAAGAAAAAAAUGCGCUUGUUUUGGAUAUAAAAAGGUUACAAGAUGAAACUAAAAGCAUGUCUGAAGAACUAGCAUCUUCUAAACAUAGCCAAAAUGUGCUUCAAGAGCAAGUUGCUGCACUUAAAACAAGUAACUCUGAGCUGGGACAAAAAUAUACGAGCGUUGUGCAUGAAAGUCAAACUAAAUCAAAGGAUAAAGGAUCGAAUACAUCCACCACAGCAAUGGAAGUUGAUGACAAAAUCGACGUUUUUGAUGAUCUACAGAAGGAGCUUGAAGCUCAACAACGUUUAACUUCAUUAUGGGAGUCUCAGUGCUCAGAACUUCAAAGUCAAUUAGACAAAACCGUCAAUAAUCAGAGUGCUUCUAAAGAGUUGGACACAUCUGCUAAUAGCACAUUUGAAGAACAGUUGAAAAUGAGCAAAGGUCAAUUGAAAGUUGCCAACGAAACAAUCAGCAAACUACACUCCGAAGUUGACAGACUUGCUAGCGAAUUACAAGUUACAAAACAAAGAAAAGAGGUAUCUCCUGCAGGUGUUGGUCUUUUUUCAUCAGUCGCUCAGAGAUUAAACGCAUCACAGAACCCAGAAAUAUCUUUUACGAAAGUGUAUUCUGACAAUAUGCGGUUACAGCAAGCUGUUUUGAAUUUACAACAACAACUUGAUCGUGCUAAUGAUAAAAUCUGUUGGUUUUUCUAUCAAAUUAAAGAACGUAUACCAAUUUUUCAACAACAAAGGGAAGAAAUCGCAAGAAAUAAUGUUUUUAUGGUUGACCUAAGUGAAAAAUUAUCCACAUCAAAAGAAGUCAUAAACAACACGAAACAGAAAUAUCAAGUUUCAAAACUGCAACAAGAAGAAACUCAAUUAAGACUUAUGGCUACUCAAGUUCAAUGUCAAGAUCUGAUGCGGGAGGUUCAGUGCCUUCUCUUGAACUUGGAUUAUUUGCAAGGGACGGGAAAUAGAAGCUUACCUCAAAAAAUACAAGAAGCUUUGGAUAAUUUUUCUAAGCAGCCAUCGGGGAAUGAAGUCGCAGUUUCAGUUGAUAUCCCCAACUUUACGUCUGUACAGGAAGCUUUGGCACAAGUUUUACAACUUCGCGAAAACAUAAGAACCGUUGAAUGCAACUUGGAAAUCCAAAAGAAAGCUUCUGAGUACCAACUUUCAAUUAAAACCGAAGAAUUGAAUGAACAGCAUGAGAACGUGACAAAUAAAUUACAAAGUGAGCUAAAAUUGGCCAACACGAAGAUGCAGAAUUUUAUUCACGAACGUAGUGUCCUUAAAGAAAUGUUGAACAUGUAUAAAGAAAAGACUGUUCAAAAAGUUUCCCAGAAACCCCCUGAUAUGAAUGGUUCUUCACAAGCAGCUGUUGAUGAUAUUGAAAAACAAUUUGAGACGUAUCGCAAUGAGAUGGUUGCGGCUAACGAAUCACUUUCUAAAAGGAUUAACGAUCUAAUUAGUCAGCUUGAAAAAACGAGAAAAGAAGCGAACAAAGUGAAAUAUCGUGAACAGUUAAGCCUACAACGACUGAAUGUAUCAAAGCAAAAUGUUGACUCUCUCGGGAAAGAAAUGAAGGAGUUAAGGACCCUUAAUAGUUAUCUUCAAGAAGUCCUUAAUCGCCAAGAUUUGAAUGCUGGUAAAAUAUCAGAAGAGCACAUCCAACUUAAGUCAUUAUGUUCAAGGAUGAACAGCGAAAUUGCGAGUUUGACUAGUGAAAAGGAGGUUUUUGGUAAAAUUCAACAGCGGUUGACUUCAGAAAAUAGUAAUUUGCUGAGUGAGCGGGAACGUUUGACGAAUCUUGUUUCUAAUUUGCAAUCACUUCUUAAUGAGCAACAAAGGAUCUUUUCACUCAAUAAGCUAUCUUUUGAGGCUAAAAAUAGCGAAAUGAAGCAAGCUGUAAACUCAUUGCAAGGUUCUAAUGAAAAGCUUGAACAAGCUUUGCAGUCAGCAAAUGACCUAGCCAAUAUGAAGGAUACAGAUAUUAAUUCUCUUCGCAUAAAGCUCGAAGAAGUUGAAGCUACCAAACAAGAGUACGUAAACAUAAGGAACUCUCUAGAAUCGGAAAACAAAGGACUACAAUCACAACUGAAAUCAGAAAGCAAUAAAAUAGAGGAACUCCAAACAAGACUAUCUCAUCAACAAUCGAUGACAGCUUCCGAACGAGAAACUGAGUUGGGUUCAGUCGUAGUUGGUUUAAGAAUGGAAAAUUCGUCUUUGCAAACUGGUCUCAAUGUGUCAAAAGACCACACAAAGCGCCUUGAGGAAGCUAUUCGCUUAGCUGAAGAAACAUUAGAAAAGCUUCAACAGGAAUACCAAACACUGCGAUUGUCAACUUCGAAACAACUAGAAGAAAAUCGUAAUUAUAUCAAUGCUUUAGAGAAGAAAGGCAAUGAUCUCGAAGAAAAACUCCGCAGCGUGCAGCAGCAACACGAUUAUGAUAACGAGCAAAAGGAUGGCAAAAUUUCUCUACUUAUUAAAGAAAAUGAGCAACUAUCAGACGAUAUCACAAGUGCUCGUAAUUUAGAAAAAGAAUUACUUCAAAAACAAAAUUUGCUACAACAAGAGAAUGUGAAAUUAUCUGAAGGUUGCCGAAAAGCUCGCGAUGCUUAUGAGAAAGAAUUGCUCAGGCAUGCAAAUGCCAUGUCAAAUCUUCAAAAGCUCAGGGCUGAGUAUGAUUCUGUACUGAAACGUACAAAUCAUGUUUCUGAGCCUACUGGGUCUGAGAAUCUCAUUGCAGCUCGAGAGCUUAAAGAUAUGCCAGAUUCAGCUUCUGCAACACCAGAUGUGAUUGCACUAAGAAAGCAAAAUGCUUUACUUCUUGCUCAGUUACAAACACCGACUGAUAAUGACUUAUCUACCCUAGACAUCACUUCUGAAAAACUUGGUUCCGUCAUGAAGCUUUCAUUACCAGAUCUUCAAACUUACAUUAAGCAAAUGUUUAAUGAGGCUAAUAUUUUAGCAUGCCAAAGACAGCUUAUAUCAAUUGAAAAUAAGAGGUUAAGAAAGCUGGUUGAACAAUCAAAUCAAAUAGUUCUGGAAUUUCAAUCGACGCAAAAAGCUUCAACAACCGAAACCAGUUCCGAUGGUGCACCCAUUGAUAACAAUCUUUCCCGAAUGGUGAAGUUAUUGAAUGAUAGUAAUAAACUGUUGCGCAAAAAGGAAGAAGAACAUAAUGGCAUUAUUAACAACUUGCAAGAUAAAGUCUUCUCUCUUGAGCGUGAACUGGAAGUUCAAAACAAUCACUCUCAUGAGCUAGAAAAUGAGGUAGCGGGAGGGAAAGAAAUGAUCCGUCGAGUUGAAGAAGAAAACCAGAGACUGCAACAGCACAACCAACAAAUUCUCCACUCAUUGAAAGAAAACAAGAUUACGGAUGCUUCGGCGGAGACUUCAAACGCUGAUGAAAAACUGUUGGUUGAGCUACGCCAAAAUAUUGAGAAGUUAACUACCGAACUUGAAUCAGCUAAAGAGACAAUAGAAAAAAUAGAAUCCGAAAAAGGAGCGGCUUCGAAUACGAUCGAACAGUUGACUGCUAGAAGCAAAACUGUUGCCGCCGCAUGGAGAUCUAAGUAUGAUCAACUUGUUGCUAAGAGUUUGGAAAAGCACAAUCAAGUUCGCCAGCAACUUUCUCAAAAAACUUCGGAGCUUGAAUCGAAAAUCAAAGAAACUGACGCGCUUAAAGAAAAACUUCAGAAAUAUGAAGAAAGUGAACCCUUUGAAGAUAAUGCUAGGGAUCAUCAGGAUAUCAAAAAGGUUAGUGAUGAAUUUCAGAAGGCUGAAUAUAUAACAGCCCAGCAAAGGCUAGCGGAAGCUACGACUGAAUUAGAUGCUACCAAAAAGGAAGUUUUAUCAUUGAGGGAAAAGAUUGAUCAACUUGAUAAAGAAAAAAUAUCUCAAUCCGUUGGUUCUGGAACGACAAGUGGAGAAGAAAUAGAAAAGAAAAAUCAAGCUUUGAAACAGGCUGUCUUGAAAUUACGUUCUCGGAUUACUCAAGAAGUACAAAAGAAUGAUGCUGUGAGUAAACAAUGUACAGAACUUGAAACACAAUUAGAGAAGUUGCGUAGAUCGUUAGAUUCGCAAACACAGGACGCAAGUGAUUCAGGAAGCUUAAGGGCAUCUGAUGAACAGAAAUUGAGUACUCUUUUAAAAGAAAAGGAAAAUAUGCUUUCUGGUACUUUCGAGAUUGUCUUCCAAGAGCCCUUUGAGAAGAUAGUUACUUCUAGUUCUGACUUCCCCGAUGCAGUAAAAACGGAAUGGAAAAAACGUCAAGAAGAACUACUUAAAAAGAUUCAGGAGGAUACGAAACAAAGCCAUGAACGACAAAUCAGCAACCUCAGGACUGAGUUAGAAAUGAGAAGCAAGUUAAAACUUAGCAUGCUUGAAAAGAAUUUAGCAAAAGUUCGAGCCGAGCUGCAAAAGACUACUCAAAAAGAUAAGAACUCUUCAGUUGAAGCAACACAACCGAAGAACGAUGGCAAGUCUAGUACGGUAACUUCGAAGACAAUUGAGUCUCAAAAGGAACCAAACGGUGAUAAGUCAUCUUCUGGCGAUUCUUUGAAACGACCUCGAUCGAAUGCUGAAAAUGAAGAUUCCUCUUUAACUAUUAAGAAAUCAAAAUGA